CCUUGAAGGGAAAUCAACUUCCGGGAGGUCGUGGUUGGCUCGAAGACCCCCUGACCCCCUCCCCCUUUUGGGGAGCAAGUGGGAGACUGUUCCGCUUGGAGGGGCCAGGAUUGGGCGCGUGCAGAGGCGGGGGGAGGGGACGGGAGUGCGCGGCCCGGGAGACGGUGACGGCGGCAGCCAGCGCGGCAGCUGGGAGCAGGUGCCACUUGAAAAAUGGAUGAUGAUGAUUUUGGUGGUUUUGAGGCAGCAGAGACUUUUGAUGGUGGAAAUGGUGAAACCCACACAACCUCUCCUGCUAUUCCUUGGGCAGCAUUUCCAACAGGAGGACCACCAAGAAAUAUCCUAUAUGCAGGUGAAGAAACCAAGGCCAGUAUCCAUAGAACAGUAUCUGGAGUCCAUAUCACCCCACCUGUUUCUCCUGAGAGUAUUCUGGAGCAACCUUUGUCCUCAGCUCAUCUUACCUCUUCUAAGCCCAUCAUUUCAUCACAGAAUAAUACACUGGUUGUUCCACAAAUAGGCAACAAUAUUGUAAGUCAAGCAGUAUCUAAAGAUCAGGUUCAGCAAUCAACAAAUACUAUUGAUCCUUCAGUUUUUCCAUUGAACUUAACUGAUGAAAAAAACAAUGAAACAGUUAUACUUGUGGAUGCUGCUGCUGAGGAUCACAAGGCUAUUGAGUUAAACAUGGAUCUUCAACAAAAAGUUGUAAGCUUAGAGGUUAAACUUAAAACUUCUGAAGAGGAAAAACAGAAAAUUAAAAAGGAUUUAGAAACAUUGCUGGAAAAGCAUAGAAUUAUAGAAAAAGACUUCCUAAAAAACAAAGAAGAUCAAGCAAUUUCUCACCAAGAUAGAUACAACAUGCUUCAGGAAAAACAUAAGAACCAACUAGAAGAUAUGAGGAAAGCUGGGCAUGAGACUUUGACCAUUAUUACAGAGGAAUACAAGGCAUUACUGCAGACUACAGUUCAGCAGCAAGCAGAAUCUAUUGAAAAGCAGUACAUCUCUGCAAUUGAAAAACAAGCUCACAAGUGUGAGGAACUGCUUAAUGCUCAGCAUCAGAGGCUUUUGGAUAUGCUUGAUGCAGAGAAGGAACAACUUACAGAAAAACUAAAAGAAGCUUUGACUCAACAGUCACAAGAACAGAAGGAAAUAUUGGGAAAAUGUUUAGCAGAAGAAAUGCAAAGAAACAAAGAUGCAUUAACAACUGCAGCAAAGAUUGAGAAAGAGACAAUGAAGGAUGCUAUUUUAAAGGCAGUAGAAGAAGAAAGAAAAAAGUUGGGGAAAGUUCAUGCUGAAGAGAGAGAUUUAUGGAAAGCUGAGCAUGACAAAGAUCAAGAAAAGGUGGCUCAGGCAAUCCAAGAUGCUUUACAAGAACAAAGAAAGAUAAGUCAGGAAAUACUCAAGGCAGCAAUGGCAGAGGAACAGAAGAGAAGUGAAAAAGCUGUGGAAGAAGCUGUGAGAAAAACAAGAGAAGAACUGAUGGAGUAUGUAAAGGAGCAAAAGAGGCUUGAUCAAGUGAUACGCCAGAGAAGCCUGUCAACUUUGGAACUCUUUCUCUCUUGUGCCCAGAAACAACUGAGUUCUUUAAUCUCUGAAGAACCAGCUUCAACAGAAGAUGAAGAACAUGACAAGCUGACCAGCACUGACAGUAGAUAGAACAUUUGGGCCCCUGAUUUAAAUUCUGUGAAUUACAAAAAAGUGCUUUUCUUUUCUUUUUCAAAAUCUUAAGAAUUAUAUUACUGGUGUAAGGAUAAGACAAAACAACAUUUAGAAGAAUAUCAAGUGAUCUAAUUUAUUUUGUUUUCUCAUUUGCUUUCCUUUCAAGCAUAAUAUGACCUAAGAAAGUAAUUGAAAAAAUACCACAUGACCAAAACCUACACUUAUGUUGCAAAUUUUAUAGCCUCCAGUGGCCUGUUAUUGGCAAAUUUGGCAAAGGUAAUGAAUAUCGUAACUUAUUGCCUCAGUAUGACUUUUUUCAAGAUGCCAGCAUGUGAUCAUAUAAUUUAUUUCUUCUAGCAUAGGAGGAGGCCCAGAUCUCAAUAUUAUGUAGUUACCUCCUUAGAGUUUAGAUAUAAAGAUAUAUGUUUUGCUGGGCAUUUUUUCUGUUCUUUAAUAAUACUUUUUUGCCAAUAAACAGAAAGUGAAGAAAGGAAAAGAGAAACUUAAAGUAUUUAAUAUUAAUUUUACUCUCCUGUUGUAAUGCAAGCUGAAAGGGAAGAACAUAAUAUGUGUAUGUAUAUGUCUGUGUGCACAUAUGUCCAUAUAUUAUGGAGCAGUGAAAUUACUUCUUUUUUUAAUGAGAAUUGAACCUUGUGCUUGAUCUAAUGAAAGAGGGCUCGUUUUAGUCCUUGAGAUCCUCAUUCUAGGAUUUCAAGUUCCUUGAAUGAGGCAAUAGGAUUAGUUUUCCUAUAACUCUGAAUGUCCUUAAUUUAUGGUAAGUACCUCAAAAAUAAUGGUUUUGUGCCUCAAUCGAUGGGUAUUUAAUCCAAUUUCCACAUAAAAAAUUGAUUUUUUUUCUUACCAUUGAAAUUUAUGCAAAUGUUUUAUCUUACUAUAUCUGUAAUGCUUCAACUUUCUUAUGUCCUGGGCUUUCUUACAGCAAUAAAAGUAUCU